CGGCACGUGUAUAAGUACAAACAAUUAGCAAGUCGACCAUUUCCAAGUUUCUUAGUUUCGACAAGUAUGUGAACGCGACAUACCCUCCUCCGCCUCUGAUCGUGCAGGAGUUUGUAAUUUUGGUUUCAAACUUGGGAACCAUUUUCACAUUUCUAUUGUGGCAAUUAGGAAAACUGGUCGUCAUAACUUUACUUCAUCCCCGAUAUUCCCAGGAGGGAGAGGAGCUGGUAUCUCGUCAUUUCCAUGCAUGGGAGUGACAUAGGAGAAGCGAAGGGAGAAGACUGGUUCCGGCCCUUGAGGCAGCACAGAGGCCCCUUACAUAGGCAGCAGCAGUAUGAGUGAGGGCGAGGGCCAGUUCUACAGUGUGCAGGUGGGAGACUCCACCUUCACUGUGCUGAAGCGCUACCAGGAGCUCAGGGCCAUCGGCUCCGGGGCACAGGGCAUCGUCUGCUCUGCUCUGGACUCUGUGUUAGCUAUUCCCGUGGCAGUAAAGAAGCUGUGUCGGCCAUUCCAGAACCAGACUCAUGCCAAGCGGGCCUACAGGGAACUGGUGCUGCUCAAAUGUGUCAACCACAAAAACAUUAUCAGGCUGAUCAAUGUGUUCACGCCUCAGAAGUCACUGGAGGAGUUUCAGGACCUCUACCUAGUGAUGGAGCUAAUGGAUGCCAGUCUGUGCCAGGUGAUCCACAUGGACCUGGACCAUGAGAGGAUGUCCUACCUGCUUUACCAGAUCCUCUGUGGCAUCAGACACCUGCACUCCGCUGGCAUCAUCCACAGGGACCUGAAGCCCAGUAACAUAGUGGUGAAGUCAGACUGUACUCUCAAGAUCCUGGACUUUGGAUUGGCCAGAACGGCCUGCACCAACUUCAUGAUGACCCCUUAUGUGGUGACCAGGUACUACAGGGCCCCAGAGGUCAUCCUGGGCAUGAAGUACAAGGAGAACGUUGACCUGUGGUCUGUUGGCUGCAUCAUGGCUGAGAUGAUUGCACACAAAAUCCUCUUCCCUGGAAAAGACUACAUAGACCAGUGGAACAAGGUGAUUGAGGUGCUGGGUACUCCCUCCAUGGAGUUUAUGAACCGGCUGAUGGAGACUGUGAGGAACUAUGUGAUGAACAAGCCUCAGUACCCAGGAGUCAACUUUGCUGAACUAUUUCCUGACUGGGCCUUCCCCUCCGACUCUGAACACGACAAACUCAAGACGGGUCAAGCUCGGGACCUGCUGUCCAAAAUGCUGGUGAUCGAUCCCGAGAGCCGCAUCUCUGUGGAAGAGGCCCUGAAUCACCCGUAUAUCCAUGUGUGGUACGACCCAGGAGAGGCAGACGCACCUCCCCCACAGAUCUGUGACAAGCAGCUAGAGGAGAGAGAACACAGCAUCGAACAGUGGAAAGAGCUCAUCUAUGAAGAAUUGAUAGACUGGGAGGAGAGGAACAAGAAUGGAGUGAUGAAAGAAGAGUCAGAUGCAGUGAGGGGGUUGGCCUCCCAGUCGUCCUUUGCCAAUGACAUCUCGUCCAUGUCGACAGAGCAAACCCUGGCCUCCGACACUGACAGCAGCAGUAUCGACACACUCACUGGACCCCUGGACGAGAGCCAAUGAGAUCGCACCAGGAAGUGUAUAUGUUUAUCUCUAUUCUAUCGUGCUUUCUUCUUUCUUCUUUUUUUCUCUUCUCUCUAACUUCCAUGCAUAGGUCUAUUUUUCUAAAGAAAAAUUGUGCUAUCUUGGACAGGUAUAGUUUAGCUGUAACCCCAGAGCAGUGUUUCACUUCUAUCCUAAGUCCUAUUUUUCUGACUGUGUGUAAGAGGCGCAAGUUACAAUAUCUAUAUUGGGUCAAUAGCCUUUUUAAUGAAUAUUUAAAGUAUUCUGUAAUAUAUUCUUCUAUUUUGAAUAUCAGUCUUGGCAAGGGACUUGAUAUUUACUUUGCCUACGUUUUUUAAUUGGUUUUGUUUUCAAUUAAGGUUAUAAAAAUGUUGACCUAAAGGCAGGAGUAUCAUCAGAUUUGAACAGCUGCUUUCUGCAUGCUACAACGAAACGAACAAAGCUCUGAUCACAUUAUCAAACCAUAAAAUUUUAAUCUGAUGAUGAACCACUAAUCAAAUGUUUAGAUAGUUUUUAGUUAGGUAGCAGUGUUGAGAACAAGCGAGAGUGGUGCUUGCAUUGCAUAUAGUGUUUUUUAAUUAGCUUGAGUGAUGUGGAUUGGAGCUGUUACUCCUCCUGACCUCCAGGGGUCGCUGUGGCUGCAGUGUUAUGGUUUUAUUUCCUUAUAAAUGUACUGUAUGUAAUAGUAUCAAGCUAAAGCUCUGAUAAUCCAUAUAGAUAGGCAUAUUUGUUUAUGUUAGACAUUCAAUGUACCCACAGAAGCAUCUUCAUAUAGUACAAUCAACCCAUUUGCCAUAAGGUACAUUUGCGAGUACAAAGAACGGUCCAUGUGUUUGUAUUUAGUUGUAGUUUUUUUGCUAAAUGUUGCACACCACUGACAAUAUUUGACCCAUACAAAACAAGGCCCUUGUCAAGCGUUUUAUUGACGAUCAAAUGCAUGGGGUCCUAGCCUCUUAUUCUAAACCAUUCCUUCAGUACUGGAAAUCCUUUGGGGGAAGUCAUGACAUAAAAAGUACAUUUGAAAUUCAGCAUCUAGAAACGUAGCAACUUAACAAGUUUUGUUUAACUUGCAUGGUGGCACAUACACUGUACUUUUUUUAGUCUUCUCAUGGUUCCUUUAAUGGGUUUUGCUUCUUCAAGACAAGGGCAACCACAUCAGUAGAUGAAGGCCUAUAUGGACUGAAGGACACUCACACAGUGGUAGAGCACAGCUGUUGGUUUGGAAUGUGGACAUGUCACAUACCUAGUGUGAUUCUGGAUCUUGAAGUUCUGGAGCAGAACUCUGAGCACAGAUAUAACCUUAGAACUAAACAGACUUUUGGUCAAACUGACUGUUGAAUGAUGGAUCUGCACAAACAGAGAUAAUGUAGUCAGAUGAGGACUGUACCCCCAAUAGGUUUUCCUUUCAAACCAUGACAGCCUUAUUCAUUCAUCAUGCCUUAAACGAGUGUCUGGCUCACUCUUUACAUCCUAUUGGAGAAGGACUGAGCUGUGCAGCCUCGGCCCACGUGUGUGUUUAAAAUAUCCACUGUGUACAAACUGUACAUUUCAUGUUUUAUCUUGUUCAUUUCCUUUAUUUUGUUUUCAUAAUGCACUGUGUCUGCAAUGACAUGCUGUUUCACAAUACCACUUUGCCUUCAUUUUGUCCUUCCCCAUCAAUUAAAGUGGACAUCUCAAAGAA